AUGGCAGCUUCUCCACCUUCAUUUGGUCAGCCCUCUUCUCAAUACUAUGAGAAAGGUAUGAAGAAAUCAGGAAGAGAAUCAGAGUUCCUGACAGCAGCCUUUUUGCAGUGCAGUUCUCUCCCUGCUACUGGAGUAACACUGACAGAAGACAUCAAAACUGAUCGACAGCAAGUGGAGAAAGAAAUCCAAAUUCAGACUGGAAAAAAAUGUGUGGAAUGUGGCAAACAAUUCACACACAAAAGUGAUCUUAAUAGGCAUAUGAAGAUUCACACUGGAGAAAAACCUCAUUGCUUCUCUUUAAGAACGACUUACCACAUUCUGAACAGCAAUCUUCAAAUCCACAGAAGAAUACACACUGGAGAAAAACCUCAUUGUUGCCCAGAAUGUGGUAAGUCGUUCUCAAGGAGAAGCCAUCUUCAGACGCACAUAAUAAUCCACACAGGAGAAAAACCUCAUUGCUGUCCAGAAUGUGGCAAGUCGUUCCUAAGGAGAAGCUGUCUUCAGAGGCACAGAAGAAUCCACACAGGAGAAAAACCUCAUUGCUGUCCAGAAUGUGGUAAGUCGUUCUCAAGGAGAAGCAAUCUUCAGACGCACAUAAUAAUCCACACAGGAGAAAAAUCUCAUUGCUGUCCAGAAUGCGGUAAGUCGUUCUCAAUGAGAAGCAAUCUUCAGACGCACAGACGAGUCCACACAGGACAAAAACCUUAG